GGCACGUGGCGCGUUCUCCAGCUUGACGUGACUUCCUGGAAGAUUGACAGCUCGCGCUUGCUCGGACCCUCGAGCUCCCGUUGUGUGAGCGAAGACUCCCUUUCGCGUCGGGACCUGCUUCUCCGUGGAUUUAUUUCUACUUUCGGACGGAAGUUUCCUGGAGGAGACGCCCCGGUUGAAGAGCUCCCGUCCCCGGGUUAUGUGAGCGGAGCGGCGGACUCAGAAAGUCGGAAAGCAGCGGUAGACCCGUGUGUUUGAUGGCUGCUGGGGAUGGAGCCCAGCUGCCGGCCACCGUAGCGGCCAGUCGGAGCGUGGAGAAGGCUCUGGAGGAGGCUGCCGCCAGCGGCGCCCUCAACUUAUCCAACCGAAAACUCAAGGAGUUUCCCCGGACCGCCAGGGACUAUGACCUGUCCGACAUCACCCACGCAGAUCUGUCCAAGAACCGCCUGUGUGAGCUCCCAGAGGAACUGUGCCAGUUCAUCUCUCUGGAGACGCUGAGCCUGUACCACAAUGGAAUGCGCUCGCUGUCCUCCAACUUGGGAAACCUGCAGGCGCUCACCUACCUCAAUCUCAGUCGUAACCUCCUGUCCAGUCUACCGCCGUCAGUGUUCCAGCUCUCCCUUCUGCGAGUGCUCAUCCUCAGCAACAACAAGCUGACGUCGCUGCCGUCCAGUGUGUUCUCUCUGACUCACCUACGACAGCUGGAUGUAAGCUGUAACGAGCUGCAGAGUUUGCCAGCAGAGCUCUGUCAGCUGGAGUGCCUGAGGGACCUCAACCUGCGGAGGAACCAGCUCACCACUUUGCCUGAAGAAAUCUCCGAGCUCCCGCUAGUUCGGUUAGAUGUGUCCUGCAACCGAAUCGCGAAUGUGCCCUUGUGCUACCGCCACUUACGGCAUCUGCAAAUCAUCUUGCUGGACAACAACCCGCUGCAGAUGCCGCCCGCCCAGGUCUGCUCCAAGGGCAAGUACCACAUAUUCAAGUACCUGAACAUGGAGGCCUGCAAGAGGAGCCAAAGCGAGCUGGAGAAACACCUCAGGCCCACCGGGUUCAGCAGCUGCCUGUCGGACCACGAGCUGUUCACCAAUCUGGACUCUGGUUUCAACAGUGUGGACAGCGGCAGCAAACGGUGGUCUGGGAAUGAGUCAGCAGAUGAUUUUUCAGAGCGCUCUCUUCGUUUGGCUGAAGUCAGCCGGGAUCAGAGGAACCUGGAGGAGAAAGAGGAGGAGGAGGAGGAGGAAGGCCGCUCCCUGCCAGCCGUCAGCAGAGGAGAGAAGCGCGUCUGCUGUAAUGGAGACGCAGAGCAGGUGGACUUCAUCGACAGCAACGUCACAGAGGAAGAGGAGGAGGAGCUCCGGGUAGACGCCCCCACUCCACCUCUGGAGCAGAAAGAAGCAUCUUCCCCGUCUCAGAGUCAGGACUCGGCAACAAACAGAUCCAGCCUCCACAUGGAGGUGGACUCUAGUGCUUCAGCGUCCUCCUUGCCCUCCAGCCCCUCCCUGGAGGAGCGCCGAGGCCCCAGCACGCUCUUCAUCUGGCAGGAGCGAGAGCGGCUGCAGCAGCAGAAGCAGAAGGCCAGUUUGUUGAAGUCAUCAGUCAAAACAGGAAAUCUUCCAGCAUCUGUGCCUCAAACAGGAAGCAGCUCAUGUGGUAGCUCACCAGAGAACGGCAGCGCGCCCGCUGGCCUGCGGCACCGAUGUGUGAGCGCCGACCAGAUGAACACCACCCCCCCCACCGUGCUUCUGCAGCGCUCCAGCAGCAGAACAGACGUCCCGUCCUCUCCCAAGACUUCCUCUCCUCCUGGUCAGGCUCAGAAACCAAACAGCUUCCUGUUUCGCGGCUCCUCGCGCAGCAACGUCAAACCCGCUCAGGCCGUCUUCACUCUCGGGGAGUCGGGCAGGAGCGAGUCACGGACAACGCUGCGCUCGCCUAAAGAGGAGAGGUCGGACGUGAUCCAGCUGCGGAGGACUCUGGAGACCCGGCUGAAGAUGACGCUGCCGGAGGAUCUGGGCGAGGCUCUGUCUAACGGCACCGUCCUGUGCCAGCUGGUCAAUCACAUCCGACCGCGCUCCAUCCCCAUCAUCCACGUCCCGUCCCCUGCAGUGCCAAAGCUCAGCUCCCCAAAGUCUCGACUCAACGUGGAAAACUUCCUUGCUGCUUGCCGUAAGCUGGGCGUUCCUGAGACUGAAGUGUGUGCGUGCUCUGAUGUGCUUCUGUGUAAGCUGUCCGCUGUGCUGCGAUGCGUGACGGCUCUGCUGACCACGGGAACGGCCACGAAGGAGGACGCCGUCAGCUGCUCUCCGCCAGCGUCUUCCUCCCCGUCCUCUGUGUCCUCGCUGCUGUCGGCAGACUUCUUCUUCUUCUACUGUGCUGUCAUGACUCUGCUCUGCGCCUUCUACUACUGCCUGCUGCCCUAACGCUGAUGAGGACGAUGGACGCCAUCACUGAGGCUGCAGCUGCUCCGCCUCUUCAGUGAACUCUACAGACCACAUGACAGCGUCAGCUGUUCUCCGCCGCUCGUACUGAUAGAUGCCCUAAACCAGCUCGACCUUAAGCAGCCGGCCGUCCCUCUGGAACACGCGGGGGCUUUGUGAGGGUGGAGUUAGUCUGUGGCAGAGAAGAUCUUAUUGGUUGAGAUGCUAAAGCGUCCAGCGUUCAGACCCCCCCUCUGGUUGCUGAAACGCAUUUGGACCAAACCGUAGAAGCUGAAGUGAGCGCGCAGCUGCUCGUCAGUCAAACCAAACGUCUCUGUUGCCUCAAGAGGACUAACUCUGUUGUUGGUCUUAAUUUGGCCUUUUUUUGACUAAGAUACGAUGAGUUUGUGAUGUGGGGGUUGUCGGGCCGGCUCAGUUACGUUGUCCCGAUCAGAACCCAUGCAGUUCUGGUUCCCGUCAUGCAUGGAAACCUUUGGGCCUGAACGAAAGAACUCUCAGGUAACUUUAAAAACUCGACGCUGCAGGAAGAUUUGAACCCUCUGGGUUCCUGUAGUUGCUGCUGAGGAAAGUACUGCUGGUUUGUGCCUGCAGAGCAGUGGUGGCUCUCUGAAGUUCCCUCAGACUGAACUGUGAAUGUGACUUUUCUUUGGAGGCGGGUGGAUGUGAGGUGAUGGAGGUAGUUUGACAUGAGAGCUGCUGCUCCACAGACGGUACCGACCCUUCCAGAAGGUCAGACGGACCCCCCUUUUCUUCACUGGCCUGCUUGUAUAGAUGUAAACAAGUUAUUAAAUUAUUUCUUUUAUUAAUUUAUUUUGUUCUGGUUUGUGGUGCAACAACAGAGACGUGUUGUUUUCACACAAAUCCUCCUUUUGUCUGUGCAGUGGACUGUCAUACUUUAGUCCUUCAUGAUGGAUUCGGAUGGAAAAUAAAGUUUAUCUGAGGUGUAGAGGUCUAGUCUCCUCUGACGAACAGAUUACCUGUGAUGUAAAGUGAAGGAGGAUCACUCACAUCUGUGGCAUCAGGGUCUGUCUUUAAAGACGUCCAGAACUGCUGAUUCAGCAGGUCAAUCGCUUCCACUCCCAGCAUGCACUCUGGGGACUUUCUGUUUCUCACUUUCAAAAAUGGAAAUUCUGUUACGAUGUUUCUGUUACGUUUUCUUGAAGUAAAAUUAUUGGAUUUCGGUCGGAAUGACUGCAGCUCAGCUCAGAACUGGAGGCUUGAUUACCAGAUGAUCUGUUGCAUGAUGGGUAGAAGGAGAAGCUGAGGCUGAAAGUGCAAACAGUUGACUGUUUUCCGCUCGGCUUUGUCCCGACAGAUCGUUUGAGUCCCGUUUGCUCUUUGCUGUUACAGAAACAGGUCUGACGGGUUUUAGUCAGGAGAGAUUUUCUACAGUUUCCAUGAGAUGUAUAUUUUACUAAGUGAAAGUGGAUGAAGAAUGCGUUCACUGGUUUAGACCAGAGCAUGUUAGUGAAACAGAGAUGCUGUUGUAUUUUAUAUUUAUAAAAUGCCUUCCGUUCCUUUCUACAAAUCUUUAUGUCAAAUGUUUUCUUCCUGCUGUAAAGAGAUUAUUAAAAAUGCAACUUGUGAUACGUU